CACGAUCUGCUAAUGUGCGGAUUCUUGAUCCCAUGUAGUAUAUGUGAACACUCGUAGGUACUAUACCCCAGACCCGAAGAGUCCCUCGUGUAUAUCGACGAGCGGGUGUCGGUAACUGUGUGCCUCUUAGUACCAAAACCAAACCACAUGGAAAUCGAUAGAGUGUUGCAUGCUUCCACUGCCAUUGGUCAAGUGUAGCACGGUAACUGGUCUCCAACAUUGGUAGACAGUUGCUUUUGCUUUAGGCUGAUUGGCUGGCAAAUCGAGCAUGUGUUUUGUCUUGGCAUUUGGUACACUUAACCACGCCGUACAUGCUUGGUUAUGCGCUAUAAGCAGUUACAGUCUUCUCAUGACAAGCCAUAGGAAUAUCCUACUUGGAUAUCAACUAGCACCUGUCUUCCUGGUGCGUACGGAGUACAGACUACUCCGUCGUCUAACGACCAUCAUGUCGACAAUUCUCAGUGAAUGCCUAGCAGUACCAACUCCACAGCAGACGUCAAAUGGAGUAUCGAUACUAUUUAUCUACUCACCAGAAGGACAGGUUCUAUAGCCCCUCAGUGCGCUGAAGGCUAAAUGCUUGGCUCUCGAAAGUGAUUAUCGUUGAAUCAGGUCACAUCCACAAGACGUCUUUCAAAGUGAACUAUAAUGCAGAUGCGGCGCGGAGGAGAUUGGAUAUAUACGCAGACCCUAAACGUUGUUUGCCGAUUUA